CUGAAUGCUUCGUGCCUAAUGUCAUGCUGACGCUGCCGUUGUCGUAUGUCAAUUUUGAAUUUCAACGCGCCAACAGUCUGAUCUGUCAUAGCUAUUUUAAAAUAAACGAAAUCGAUUUCCCAAGCCCAAAUAUUGUUAAUUUAAUGGUAAUUUUAUGUGCUUUGUGUAUUGUUGUAUCGAAAUAAAAGUCUGACAAGAUGCCGUGCGAAAUGAUAACAUUGCAGCUGGGCCAAUGCGGUAACCAGAUCGGAUUCGAGUUUUGGAAAAGGCUUUGUGCUGAACAUGGUAUCAACCCUGAGGGAAUUUUGGAAGAUUUUGCCACAGAAGGCAUUGACAGAAAAGAUGUAUUCUUCUAUCAAGCAGAUGAUGAACACUACAUUCCAAGAGCUGUACUCCUUGAUUUAGAACCAAGAGUGAUAAAUACGAUAUUGAACUCGCCAUACUCAAAGUUGUACAAUCAAGAAAAUGUAUUUCUGUCCAAAAAUGGAGGAGGUGCUGGCAACAACUGGGCUUCUGGGUACUCACAAGGAGAAAAACUCAAUGAAGAAAUUUUUGACAUCAUUGAUAGAGAAGCAGAGGGUAGUGAUAGUUUGGAAGGUUUUGUUCUUUGUCACAGUAUUGCUGGGGGCACAGGAUCUGGAAUGGGCUCAAAUAUCUUGGAGAAGCUAUCAGAUCGAUUCCCGAAAAAGCUCGUACAGACUUACAGUGUAUUCCCAAAUUUAGAUGAAAUCAGUGAUGUCGUUGUCCAGCCAUAUAACUCCCUGUUGACAUUGAAGAGGCUGACAGAAUCUGCAGAUUCAGUUGUAGUCUUGGAUAAUACAGCUCUAAACAGGAUAGCUGCUGAUAGAUUGAAGAUACAAAAUCCCACAUUCACACAAAUCAACAGCCUUGUCAGUACUAUCAUGUCAGUCAGUACAACUACCUUAAGGUACCCUUCGUACAUGAACAAUGACCUGAUGGGUCUUUUGGCACCGCUUAUCCCAACUCCUCGGCUACAUUUCCUAAUGACAGGCUAUACACCUCUGUCAACGGACACGGACGAAGCCAGUGUUAGGAAAACCACAGUACUAGAUGUCAUGCGUCGUCUGUUGCAGCCGAAAAAUAUGAUGGUAUCUACGGCGCAGGAUAGGAGUUCCGAACAUUGCUUUAUCUCGAUUUUGAACAUCAUUCAGGGUGAAGUGGAUCCGACUCAAGUACACAAAUCUUUGCAGAGGAUAAGGGAACGCAAGUUGGCACAAUUCAUCCCAUGGGGGCCAGCAAGCAUCCAAGUGGCCCUAUCCAGGAAAUCUCCCUAUAUCCAAUCUGCACACAGAGUCUCCGGUCUCAUGCUUGCCAACCACACCAAUAUCAGUACUCUUUUUGACCGUGCAUUGACUCAAUACGACAAACUACGCAAACGAGAAGCGUUCUUGGACCAGUUCCGCAAAGAGGAUAUGUUCAAAGAAAAUCUGAGCGAGCUGGACUCGAGCAGGGAGGUUGUUCAAGACCUGGUUGAUGAAUACGUCGCAGCUACGUGUGAAAACUAUUGUACGAGGGAGCAGACGUGAAGCAUGUAAUUUUGUUACACCGUUGCCAUAUGAAUUUCGUGUUAUAAGUUAUGUAAUUACUGAUUAUUGAGAUUAAAGCUCAAGCUAAUUUACUGAAGAU